GUAGAACUUCAAUAACAUCACGCGAUGCGACGAGGCGCCGAAUAUGGCUUCUAAUGGCCAUAUGUCGACCGCGUCUCCCUUACUAUCAAAUGUCAUUGACUUAACCCAAGACGAUACCGAUACGGAUACCGCCGUGAACAAGAAUCCAACCCGGUACGAUGUUCCCGUUCGUGGUCUACCCUACAUCGGUCCUGAUUUCAGCCACCCAACACCUAAGAUUCAUGCAACCGAUCAACCGAGAACACCUCGCCAGGACGAAGAUGGUGACCGUCCUUCAAAGCGCCAACGGACGGGAGACCUGUCUCCGACAUCUAAUGGUUUUCAACGGCAGGAGGUUACAGCUGCACUAGAGAAGUGUUUGGAUGAGCAGGUCUUUCCAUACAUCGAUCGUGCUGCAGCGGCUGCGCAGCUGUCGCCUGCUAACUAUGACCUUGAUGGGCUCGGGGCCGAGGUAAUUCGGACAGUUGUUAACCGGGAUUUUAAGCGGUAUUUUCUGGAGGGAAAUGGUCGAUUGGAUAGAAAGACAGAGUCGACUAUUGCUGCCGGCAUUCACAGACUUGUCAUCGAGCUUUCUCGAAAAUACCAUCGCCUUGCCCCGAAACUAUCCUCCACACCUAUUGUCAGAUCUUCUGACGCUGGUACCGAUGCCAUUCAUGAUCGUCUUGCUUCCAUAUCGGUACCUAAAAUUCUGCCCUCCAUAGAGAAGGGAGUCGGCUACAACGAUGAUGAUCGUAUUCAAAGUGAAAGUGAUGAUGUCGACGUCGAUGUCCAAAACUACAACAGCACGGAAAACAACGAUCUUGACGAUGGCGAUGACCAUGGAUAUGACAGCGACGCUCCUGGUUUCAGUCAUGAGGGGGUGGAUGAGCGGGAUCUAUCACAUGCCCGUGAUGAAUUCAUGUCACGGGCCGCUGAACAUACGCCUCUCAAACAUCGCCCGCCUAAAAAACCUGUAUUGUCUCCGCAGCAGCUGCGUACCCGAGCGAAAGCGAGCCAGUGGCAGUCUGGGAAAACAUAUAAUUCGAUAUCAACGGAAACAAAACGUCCUCGCUCAUUUGGGCUGUCCUUGCGCCCAUAUUUAUCGGCACUGGAACGGCAGCAAACUAUAGCAGGCGUUUCCAAGGCAACUCUCCCUGCCGGCAGGCAGUUGCCUCAGCAGGUGUUUCACGUUGACUUUUGUGAUGCUGAAAUCUAUCAUCUUCAGCAACUGGCACGAAAAAUCUAUGGCAAGCCAAACCCACUGAACCGUCAGAGAUCGACACUUCGCGAUUUGAGGAACCUUGUGAAGAAGGUACCUAGCAUGAAGACCGAGCUGGCUAGAAUCCAUACCAACAGAUAUGCCGGUUAUGACUCGCCUCCGCUUGUACUCAAAACACGCUCCUCUCGUGAUGUCGAAAACUUCCUCAAUGACUUGCAUUCGAAAAGACUUAACACAAUAUCAUCAUCUCUGUUCAUAGAGCAAAACAACGAACGUAACUCGAUAGCUCAGAGUCAGGCGAACCGGGCCAACAAGAUUCCGGCCUUGAUGCUGCUGAGGGAGGUUACUGGCAACCGAUUAGGAGCCGCCCGAACGUACCAAAAUUUCAUAACCACUGUCAAGUCAAAUCGAGAAGACUAUCUUGAACCACAGGUUGAGUGGACAAAUUGUGCAGGUGACAUUAUGACGGUCAGCUGGAUAUCCGAUACAGAUUUUAUUUGCGGUGCAACCACUCACUCUGAUGCACACAAUCAGCAAUACAACAAGCCUGGGAAUCUUUUACUAGGAUCUGCUGUGAACAACACCCUACGCGCAUAUCCAGAUCACAGGAUUAUCCGUCCAGUUGUGUCUAGCGGUGACAAUGCACUAGAAUCAAUGGUUGCAAGCCAGGAUCCGUGGCUUUUUACAUCUGUGGUUUCGUCUGAUUACGACCCAUCGUGUGGCCUAGCCUUUACAUCCAGUUUCGACAAGACAGUAAAAGUUUGGAAACCUGAAAAUGAUUCGGUGACAGCAGUGGGAACCUGGAAUCACGAUGGUCGCGUGAACUUUGUCGUCGCGUCAAAAAAUGAAAUGCACACUGUCGCGACAGCUGCUGAUGUUCCGACAGAGGCUGUAAGAGUUUAUCAUAUUGAAAAUCCGAAUGUCGAUGAACCGGACUUCUCCAGUAGUCGAUAUGAUUCCUACUCAUGCACAAGAGUGCAUGACGAAGAUUACGUCCCUUCUGAGAAGUGGGCUUACUACCCAGCCGCCAUCCGAUGGGGAUUGGCAUUGGAAGUUAAACAUCUGUUACUUAUCGGCUACUCGCCAAGGAGCCCAACUGGGGAAGACCAUGAGAUACCAGAGGAUAAGCGCAACUCUGGCGAGCUUUGCCUCUGGGACACUAAGUCUAGGACCCAAGUCAAAGUAAGCAGCGCUAAGACUCAAAAUGUAUUCGAAGUCGUGUGGCACCCCUCGCGUGCUAGUUUCGCAGCUGCUACUUCAGCGUCUCAGGUCUUGGAGAAGACGGAUCAGACAAUUCGGACACAAAUCCGAAUUUUCGAGUUUAACGUAGAGACGGGCCAGUAUGGUGCUAUCAAAACUCUAGACUGUCCGGCUAUCGACGUCAAUGAAUUGUCUAUAAUGCCCAACAGCCUUCUUUAUUCGUAUAUAGCAGCUAGCUGCACAGACGGCAAGGUCUAUGUGUGGGACUCAGCAGCGAGCGACUUGUCUAUGUGUGUCCUAGAGCACGGAGCUCCUAUCGAGGAGCUUUUAGGAGAAAGGGAUGAGGAAGAUGUUGGCGUCAAGUUCGCGGCAUGGGCAACUACUCCCGAUCGUCUAUAUACGGGGUCGUCUGACGGCGUAGUCAAAGUCUGGAAUAUUCGACACGGCCAGGGUGUCCUAGUUAAGGACCUUAUGGAGGCUUCGGCUCCUAUCACCUAUGGGGCGUUUUCUCCGGAUUUUACCAGGUUAAUCAUUGGGGAUGGGAGCGGGCGAGUUUACCUACUCGCAUUAGAGGAUACUGAGGAUGAAGAUCCACCACCCAAUCCCACAGGUCCUUCUGCUGGCUUCUUGAGUGUGAAGACGAGCAGUGGUAACGAGCGAGCCGUUCGACGCCCGCGACCAUUUAUACCUCAUCCCGAAGUACCACCUCCACAUACGCUUAUGGAGGGCCAGGAAACUGCUAGGGGAUAUUUACAAGAUGCUCAGAUAGUGCUCCAUUCGAAUCCGACAAUUGGUGCCAUUAAAGGCGUCAACUACGCAGCAACUGGCCUAUUCAGACUCGAAGCACACGUGAAUGAGGAUUCAAACGAACCCCUAUUAGCUAAUUUUCAAAGCAAGCAACAAGAAGCACAGCCAGAUUCUAUCAACCCGAAGCUACCACGGCAGCUAGAGCAAAUAGACGAAGGCCUUGUUAAUGGUUGGCACGAUAAUCAGUCAGCUGGUCGAUUAGCUCAGGGGGGCUCCGAUAGCAAUGACGACGACGAUAGUAACCCAAAGCCUAAUUAUCCAGAUUUCCUCGAUCAUGCUACUUAUUUAGCUUUAAUCAAGGAAAAAGCCGAGCUAGACGAUAGCCUUGUCGAGCUCCAAUACGAGACUAGUAUUGCAGACAGUGACGAGGAUGACGAAGAAGAUGAUGAUAAUACCGCUGUGUGAUGAUGACCGCCGCGACUAUUAUGAGGCGAAUAAGCAACUCAUUGUUUGGUCUUUAAUAUGUAACACUGCAUUCGGAGGGAUUCGAUUUCUUCUUUCGGCAUAUUGAAGAGGAUAGCGGUUCGAUAUCCUAAUAUUAUUACAACCUACCUAUGUAUUAAACCAGGUGCGUUAAGUUAUGGAUUUAGUAAAGCAGAGCAGAGCAGAGCAUAGAAACAUAAUACAUUCAUGAUUGACAGCAUA